AUGCUUACGAGAAAUCGUGGAAAGUUUAAAUCAGUUGUUGAAAUUCUUGGUCUUAAAAAGAAGAAUAAGAAGUCUUCCUCUAGGGUCAAAGAAUCAUCUAAAUCGGAAUCUCCUUCGGGAUCUAGAAUCAAAAAAGUCUCUUCAAUUAAAUCGAAGAAGGUUGCACGUCGGAAGAACGAUGCCCAGCUCGAUGAAGCUUCAAAAUUGGAUAAUGAAGGAAAAAAGCGCUUAAAUAUUGUUGGCGUUUCUGAGAAUUCAACUGAGACUUCUCAAUUUAAACCAACUGUCUCCACAAAGAAGCUUGAAUCCAAAAAUUCUCGGCAAAAGACGGGAAAGUCACGCAUUUCUGUGAACGUAAAUAAGAAUUUUGCUCUUUGUGAUCCAGAUUUAUUUGAACUUCUGGGAGAAAUUAAACACACAGGUCGUCUCUUUCGUUCUCGGCGGAAAUAUUUGGCUACCAAGGCCAAAGAAAAACAGCAGCCAAAAGCGUUCUCACCUGCUAAUUUCUAUUUUAAAGAUGAUGCACAAGAAAGUCUUUUUAAAAGACUCGUUGAAACCUUGGAGGAGAUAAACAGUGAGAUGGAUACAAAAGACGCCGUUCUUGCCUCUUGUUCUAUAGUUCGUCCCGGAAUACGAAAAUCGCUGCGUAUACGACGGAAACUACGUCGCAAAAACGCUAUUGACUUAUGCAAGGUAAGAUUGCGUCCCAAUCCCCGGAGGAAGCGCUUCUCAGAUGCCUCAUUGUCUGAUGUGGAAAUGGAAACACAUUCAACUAAUUUGAAUAGAGGUGAUCGUAAUGUUAGUCUCGCCGCAAAGAAGCUUGCGAUGGCUAAGUCCCGCGCUGUUGAUGAGAGGAGAAAUGCGAGUACCACUCGAUCUAGAACUGCCAAAUUCUCCUACCGAAGAAAGAAGGUUAGGUCUUUAAGAAGGAAUACCGUGGGGAGACGAAUGCGCGUUGGGGAGGUAUCGGAAGAUUAUGAGGACAGUCUUAGUAAUGAAGCAGCUCCUGUUCCAGAAACACAGGAACAGCCACAAGAAAGCACUGACGAUCCCGAACACACAGCGGAAGAACAGCGUCGACGUAUUAUGAAUCCUCAGUUGAGCUUGUUAGGCCGUUUGCUCCUAGGAAUGCACUGUACUGCUGUGUCUGGUGAAAAUGAAAAUGAAAUUCUCAUAAAAAAUCUCUCCAAUGAUGAUUGUAAAAUGCUUACUCAACGUAUCACUGGAACUAUCUUCACUUUGAAGACACUAUCAACCAUUAAAGACGAGGAGAGUGGCGAAGAGAAGUUUAACGUUGUUCUUGUAUAUUUGGACAAUGCCCAAUCUAUCGUGAGCGAUGAAAUUGCACGAUCUGAAGACGGUAACCAACAAAUGUUAAGGAAAAAGCCAACACCAAAUUUUUCCAGAAGCAAAUCCGUUCGAGAAGGAAGAAAGCGCUCUGUUCGUCAAGCGCAUCCCCUGCAAAUCCUUGGUCUUAGGCAUCUUCGGGCACAGGUGGAGGCUGCUAAGAAUUCGCUUAGUGAAGUAAAUCCAGAUGAGACUAGAGCGUCUACCAAAACAGAGGAAUCGCUGAAGCCAGAGUUGCCCAAAUCACGUGUACUCCCUGCCUUCUUCCUUAAUCAUGUUCGACGUGCGCCUAGUAGAAGGGUUGUGCGCAAGGUCUAUACUGGUAGUGCGCUGGUCCCAAAGAUCCUUCACAGACGUCGUUCUCAAGCAACUGCCACCUCCAGUAACCAGCCUCAUUUUGCACUUUCCCCGCAGUAUUCUCAAUCUCAGACUCCAGCGGUUACAACUUUAUCAAUGCCUUCUGAAAAUACGCAGUUGCCACAAGUUCAUGCCUCUGAAGUUACCAGUUCAACGAUUCAAAUCGAUAAGGAUAAUGAAGAAAAUGCUGAUUUGAAGAAGGAAGAUAUGACAUCUGAUAAAGAAGCUAAUUCUACAGAUGCUCAUUCUAUUUGUGCUGAACAGAGUUGUAUUAAUAAUCCGGCUAGUUCAAUGUCUGCAAGUCAGUUACUUAAACUCAAACGUCAACAAGAUGAUAAGCAAAACCCACAGCCCACAUCAGGAUCGUCUUCAGCUAUCACAACUUCUGCAGUAACUUCGCUUGUCGAUACGGUCGCCAAAAUAACUCUUUCUAAACCAAUUGCCGCAAUUCCCACACUACAAUCGACAACUCAGAAAUUGACACAGGUUCAAGGACUGCGAAUUGAUAGAUCCGGAAAGUUGGUGGCUUGCAGCUCUUCUUCUGUCAUCACUUUACCUGCUUCUACGCCCGUUGUUACUCGAGCUAAUCCCACCACUUCCACUCUCGUUUCUCGCGCAAUGACAUUCCUCGUUCCUUCUAUCUCCUCUCCUGUUACUACAAUCGUCAGUCAUCAAAUUCCCAUAGUUUCACCACCUUUAUUGCCUCAUAUUCAAGCCCAACGACCUAAUAUUGUUCCGACAAAGCGGGUACCCAUAAGAUCAGCAGUCACUCUUUCAGCCAAGCUCCCUCUUAUUCCGUUGGCAAAUCCCUCAGCAGUCCCGAAAAUGGACGGCAGUAUCCUGACUAGUGCUGCCGUUGUUCAAACUCCUCCUGCUACCAGCUGUGCAGAUCUUCCUUCUAAACGUCCAAUGAUUCAUAAGUGCCAUACCCUCAGAAAAAUUUCUCCAAAAAUUCCACCACUUCCUUCGGCGUCAGGUGCCAGUGCGUCUCCUUCAACGUUGAAGAGCAUUCUGGAGUCUGGAAGUCGAACUUCUGAAGUUGUUUCGCCUACAUCUUUGACAUCUACUCAACUUCCCAUUCGGAGUUCUUCCAACGAUUCUACAUUUGUAACCACUGUCUCACAGCCCCCGGUUAUGUCCACUGGUUCGCGACAGGAUAAUCAAACCCCGUCUGCUCAUCACCAGAGUCGAGGAACAUGGCAAGUGGGAGGUCGAGCGAUUGUCCUGGAUGUUUCUCUGAAUAGAUGUUCGAAUUCUACUGCUUCCCCGGCUCCCCAGUAA